GGGGGGUCUAAUGUCUGAUCCUUUGUCAUGGGAAGAGUUCACUCCGCGUCUCGCGCACACAGCGAGCGCACUCCAGCUUCACCAGCAGCAGGCACGCGACGCGGAACUCGGACGCAAUGAUGUGACUGGGACAGGAAGAGUGAAAACAGGAGGAAACGGGGCCCAGUUAAAUCCUGAGCCAGAGACCCUGAGAAGGGAGGUCAAAGGUCAGCGGGAUGAACAGCAUGCUUCCUCAGAGGAGAGCUGUUGCCACGCUGGGCUACAGCUCAGACUGUGUGAAGAUGGAGCCCGGCGGCGGCGGCGGCGGCGGCGGCGGCGGCUCGGUGGGUGGGACGCUGCUGAGGGGCUCCCGCUCCAAGGCAGAGCUGCAGGAUCUGAUGGAGACGCUGCAGCGCCGGAAGAGCGCCCUGGAGGCCAGCCUGAGGGCGGCCGAGUCCACCCGCAGGUACCUGAGCGCGCCGUCGCCCGCCGGACCCCCGCCCACCAGGCCCCUGUCGGCCCUCGGCCUGAUCGAGCGGCCCCCGCCCGCCUCGCGGGACGCGUACGCGUCCAGCGUGCCGCCGUCCCCCCGCCAGGGGGAGCGCCAGGCGGCCGGCGGCGGCCUGCUCCGGCGCUCCCACGCGCGCCACCAGUCCCAGGACAGCCUGCUCCUCGCCGGAGACCCGCUGCUCUCCUACGGGGAGCCCCUGCCCCGCUCACCCCGGGUCAAGAGCGGCGCCGCCAGCGUGCCGUCCAGCCCGCGCAUGGGCCGCAGGCUCUGCUCUCAGGGCAAAGCCGGCGCCGACCCCCGCCACAGGAAGUAUUCCGCCGGCUCCCUCACCAGCCUGGGGAUGCACAGCCGGUCGCUGCCGCGGCUCCACGGCGCGGCCGAGCCCCCCGUCCUGUCGCUGCCGGCCCGCCACCCGCUGGGUUCCCACAGAGGCGCGGGCUCGGCGGGGCAGCGGCGGAGUCUCUCCUCCCUGGAGCAGCCGCCGGAUGUGACGGUACCCGCCAGCAUGCCCAGCACCCCCCGCAGGGCCAGCCUGGCCUCUCUGAGCUCCCUGGGCGUGGACGCCGACGGGGCGAACUUAGACCUGGGCUUCGGGGAGAGGAGGCUCUCCUUCGGAAAGGGAGGUUUGAGUCCGGGACAGAGGGUGGGCAGCAUCAGCUCUCUGAAUGGGAAAGAGGAGCUGAGAGACUAUCACCAGCACCAGAGAGACGAACGGCUCAGGGAGCAGAAGGUUCAGAGACUGGAAUGCCAGCGUCUAGAGACCAUCCUGAACCUGUGCACGGGCCUGAGCCAGGCGGAGGCAGAGCCGGGCUCCGCUGUUUCCGACCUGCAGAAGAUCAACAAGGAGCUGGAGAAGCUGCAGGUGUCGGACGACGAGUCCGUGUUCUCGGAGUCGCCCAGCAGCGCGGCGCCGGAGAGCGGCUUCGGGUCCAAGCCCAGAGGCGCUCGCCCGUCGGACGAGCAGCCGGCCGGCCAGCGGCACCGGGGCGUCUGCAGGGAGGCCCGGCCCCUUUCGCCGGCCGCCGGGCUGAACGGCAGCGUGCCCUCGCCCUCCUCUCACCACAGAGCUAAAGUCUUGGAGAGCCUGCAACUAAAACAGGAAGUAACGCAUCUAGAGGAAGAGCGGAUCCAGGUUUUGAACAACAUCGAGGAGCUGGAGCAGAAGAUCAAAGACCUGGAGAACCAGAUGGAGGAGUCUGUCCGAGAGAUGGAGGUGGAGUGCGCUCUGCUGGAAGGUGAACACGAGUCGGACAUGGGCCAGCUGCAGAGGGAGAAGGAGCUCCUGGACCAGCUCAAAGAAAAGCUUCAUGGCGUCGAGAAGACGAGUCACACGGAGAAGUCGCAGGAAGCUGAGGACCAAACAAAAAGUCUGGAGGAGCUGGAGUUUCAGAAACUGGAGAGAGAAAUUAACCAGGAUGAGGAAAAAGAGAACCGGAGCCAAGAGCUGCUGCGAGAGAUCGCCGAGUGCCAGCGUCUGACUGUCACGCGCAAGGAGCGACUCGUGACCCUGAAGAAACAGUCCACGCAGAUCACGUUACAGGCGCAGCAAGAGAGGGAGAACUUCCAGAGGGAGAAGAACAGCCUGCUCCUCAUGCUCCAGAAGGAGAGGGAGAAGCUGGCGUUCCUGGAGGGGAAGUACGCGGAGCUGUCGGAGGGCCAGGGCUUCGGCAGCGACCCGGCGGCGGUCAAAGAGCACCUGCACUCCCUGAAGGAAAGGAGGCGGAGCGGCAGAGACGGCCCCUCGCAGCUCGGCGACGGCCCCGCGCACAGGAGGAGCCAGCAGCUCCUCGCCUCCUGCGGGAGGUCUCUGGGACGCUCGCUUCUGCCCAAGACUCAUCUGCCUUUGAGCCAGAGCUCCAGCUGUGGCAGCGUCGUCCCACAGGGGUUCAGCUUCUCCGCCCGGGACCUGAGCGCGCGUCGCCUGCCCAAAAGCAACAGCCACAUGAACAUGAGUGACGACAGGCAGAAACGGAGCGACUUUUGCAGCAGGGUGGAGGAUGCCAGCGUCUUCCUGGACUCCUUCUCCUGCCCGGACAACAGCCAGGCCUCCGACACCGUCAGCGUGGACAGCUCCGACAGCCUGGAGACCAGCUUCUCCGCCUGCUCGCCCGACAACAUCUCCAGCGCUAGCAUGUCCAACAUGUUGAAGAUCGAGGAGAUGGAGCGCUUGCUCCGAGAGGCCCAGGCCGAGAAGCAGAGACUCCUUGAGCACAGGGAGCGCGAGAUGGAGCUGCGCAGGCACGCGCUGGAGGAGGAGCGAAGGCGGCGGGAGGAGCUGGAGAAGCGGCUGCAGGAGGAGACGAGCAGGAGGCAGAAGCUGGUGGAGAGGGAGGUGAAGCUCCGGGAGAAGCAGCGGUCGCAGUCCCGGCUGCUGACGCGCUACCUCCCGGUGAGGAAGGACGACUUCGACCUCCACGGCCACGUGGAGGCGGCCGGGCACAACCCCGACGCCUGCUUCCACCUGGCCAUCACCGACAAAACCUGCCGCGGCUUCCUGGUCAAGAUGGGCGGGAAGAUCAAGACGUGGAGGAAGCGCUGGUUCGUCUUCGACCACAACCGCCGGACGCUCACCUACUACGCAGACAAACACGAGACCAAGAUGAAGGGAGUCAUUUACUUCCAAGCCAUAGAGGAGGUGUACUACGACCACCUGAAGAACGCGCACAAAAGCCCCAACCCGUCCCUGACCUUCAGCGUGAAGACCCACGACCGGGUGUACUACAUGGUGGCGCCGUCGCCCGAGGCCAUGCGCAUCUGGAUGGACGUGAUCGUCACGGGCGCUGAGGGACACAUGCAUUUCAUGGUGUAGCUGGGUCAACGAGAGGCGCCCCUAGGCCUGCAGGGGGAUGAGCACGUAGAAGGACGCGUUAAUGUGUAGUCAUACAAUCAAUAUGGACUCGCUGCUCAUAGUUAAGCUAUGGAAGUCCUUUUUAUGGUGCAUGUACUGUGAGAGGCUGGCGUCCUGUUCCUCCUUCUUCUUCUUCUGCUUCCUCACCUUCCACUUACCUCCGUUUGCACCUUUUAAUGAAGCUCGUUUCAGUAUUUGUGAUGAAUGCACCGGUUUGCUUAGAUUUAUAAAUUCUGUAUAGGUAUUAAUUUCAAAUUAGUGUUAUAUGUUUUAUAUAAUUGUGACUGAUUUGCAGCAGUUUGAUCGCUGAACGUCUGCAUCUGUUCCUUCACGUGCUCUUCUCUUUGCAUCACCUUUUCUUUGAGCCCCUUUUAUCACAUGCAUGCGUCGGUUUUCGUUUUGUCAUCAGUGAUGAUUAGGCUCAGAGCGGAUCCUUUGUCCACAUAACGGAGGUGGGUCGUGUUUCCCCGUAUGUUCACGAAUGGAGAGGCCAUGUUGCGCAGCGGCGAUGCUGCAUCGUCCGCAUGUUCCUGACGCUCGGCUGAUUCCGCUUCUUCACCAGCAGAGGUCCUCGUUGCCGAGGUGUUGCAGUGACAUGACGUCAUGUUGUUGCUGGUUGCCGCACACUCCCUCCUCAUCAGCCUCGGUGACCAAUAUUUCCUAAGCUCACCUCACAUAUAUGCAUUUAUAAGCACAUAUAUCAAGCUUGAGAUUUAUUUUUGAGAGCAAACUAAAACAUGUGUAGAACCAACAUUUGUCUCAAAUGCUUUAUAGAAUCCAUGUAACUGAGCAACUUAUGUGACUGUUUGUAACAGAUUGAUUGCUUUUGAUAGUGGAAGUUUACUUUCCUACCGGACGACCAUGUUUUUGGUUAACAGUGUUCUCCCUGUGCUGGCUGGGUGCCGUGCACAGACCCAGCUGCAGUGCAGACGGUGCAGAUGAGUCGCACAUAGUCUUAGUUAAACACAGGAAAACAUCUCAUCCCCAAACUGUUGUUCACUUUGAAGCUUCGGAACCAAAAAUGGCAUUAACAUAUUUAUAAUGAAUACUUUUCAUAUUUUGUAUAUGCACAUUUAUGUUUGUGACUGACACAAUGCUAGAGGUUUUUAUACUCAAUGAAUCAGUCCAUAAUAAAUAUUUUGAUUAGUAAUCAGACUGGUCAAAUGA